AUGUUCAACUUCAACUUCUUCAAGUCUUCUCCUGCCACUGAGGCUGAGGCCACCGAGAACCGCUGGAACCCUGACACCGUCGCUAUGCAGCAGCCCACCAGCCCUGCUGCCCCUUCUACCAACCAGAACGUUGUCUCUGAGCAGCCCUCUACCCAGGAGGGAAUGGAGCUCCGUGGUGGUGGCGGUGGCGGUCUGUGCUGUGGAAUUUGCGCCGGUCUUGCCUGCUUCGAGUGCUGCGAGAUUUGCUGUUAA